AUGGCACUGCCAGACAAGCCCCUUCCGCUGGGGACAAGCACGCAAGCAGGCAAGCCCGCCUUCCUCGUCAAGUUCCCGCAGGACGUAUGGGAGCGCAUCGUCUCUGGAGGCACUGGGAGUGUGCAGAUUGUGAAGAAUGAUGCCAAGCUCAGCCUCAUCCUGCCUGACCGGACGAUAGGGCUGGACGCAAACCCCCUAGUCCCUACCGAGCUAUACGAGCUCUCCGAUACCCUCUUACCUCUCGGCACAGCCUCCACACGCCUCUCUAUCCCCUUCACCACCGCCUCGUCCUCCAAAGCUAUCGCAGAAGCCAUUCCGGAAAGACGGCCCGUCAAUGGCAACGGCAACGGCAACGCCCACGGCGCAGCGGCAAAGUUACGCCGAGAAGCGGCCACACCGCUCGCUAGGAGUCUUUCGAGCCCCGCGGGACCAGCGGCUCCAGUAGCUCCGACGACACCGGUUAUCCCGCUCAAGACGAGGGUCGUGCAGUACCUCGCUCUUGGCCCGGCGAGUGUCGAGGAGAUUCUGAGCAAGCUGGGCGGGGCGGAGGCUGACGUGAUGCGUGUGGUCAAAGUUGUCGGAAGGCAAGUCGCGGAGAAUCCCCCUCGAUACUCCCUUCAACCAUCCCAAUACGCCAAGAUCAAAAUUGGGGCCUGGCGCUACACGCCGGAGGAGCAGGAGCAGGUGGGGCAAAUGGCUCGGGAGGCAUUCGACGAGCUGGAGUACCCUGAAGGCUCAGAGGAAAGGGUGGAGCUGGAGAGGAAGCUGGAAGAGGCGGCAAAUAUGCCACCGGUGGAGGAAGUGGUGGCUGCGCCUGCUGUGGCUCCGGUGCAAGCUGCGCCAAGUGUGCCCGUCCCAGCCCCAGCCCCUUCCACGGCCAGUCAACCAGAUCGGACCCCCGUCGUCACUCCCUCUUCGUCCAAAUCUCGGCCCUCGGCGUCAACUUCGACUUCGGCCGCAUCCUCGUCGAGCAAAAACAAGGGUCCGGUCGCGCGCGAGAUGGCCAAGUUCCGAGCGGAGCAGGCACGGGCUACCUCGGCACCAGGUCUGAAGGGGACGAAUGGAAAUGCCAGUCCUCGGGAGGCUGCGGCUGCACUGUCCGCUGCGGAUGCGGUCAAGACCAAGAAGCGGGCGGCCGGGGCCAAGGCGGACAAGGGAAAUACGGCGGAGACGUCGCGCAAGGCGGAGAAGGCAGAGCGAUCGGAUACGUCGAGCCGUUCGGACGAGAAGGGGAGCGGGAAGAAGCGGAAGCGGGGACGACACCCGUCGCCGAGCUUUACGUCGAGCGAGGACGAAGACGAGGAGGACAGCAGGCGGGGUCGGGCCAAGCAGCGGAACCGACCUGCCCCGAAAUCGACGUUACCCAAGCUUCCCCCUCCUGAUGCGGCCACGCUCGCUGCGAUGGACGCCUUACCCCCCUCUCGGCCCAUCGCAAAUUUCACCAAGCGCAAAUCUCCCCCUCAACCCCUCGACCUCCACUCUCCUACCCAGCAGACCAAGUCCCGGACGCCGAGCACGACCGCCUCGGAGCUGGAACGGCCAGACGACCCGGAAGAUCUGCGCGAUCGGUACGAGGAGCUGUACCCUGCGUAUCAGAUCCUCACUACCAAGUUGAUUGGGCUGCACCGGGCGGCGGAGGGCGUGGAGCUGGGCGAGGCGGAUAUUGAGAUGUUGCCGACCAAGGAAGAGAUGGAGAAGUUGGUGAAGAAGUGGGAGAGGUGGCACAAGGAGUUGGCGGGGAUUCGGCGGUGGUUCGGGGCGGCUUAG